GAGGGAAAGGAAGAAGACAAACAGUGACUCUAUUGACCCUGCGUUACAUCAGAAACAACCAGAGAAGGGACAACAGCACUGAAUCAAUAUCAUCGAGCAUUCCUGGAGUAACUCUCUGAUGACCUCUGAAGAAAUUAGGCGUUAACUACAAGCUUUAGAGGAAAGAACUACAAAUUUUAAGUCUUUUUUGUUUUAGGGGCACUGCCAUGUGUCAUCACUUCACAUGAUAAAAUGCUUUGAUCCAGCCAGGCAACUGCAAAAAAAAUACUUUAUACAGAAGAGGAAAUACUUCUGGGAGUAAUCUUCUAUUUGUCUAAAAACUGUUUAUUAAGCGAAGUUCAAGUUAGAUUAUCUCAGAAUGGAGGACCACAUGACCAAAAUGAACAUGUUUUCUUCGGACACGUCUAAUGACUUCACAGAUGGAUCUCAAGCAGAAAUAAGUUCAGUUCCAGGUAAAGCACUUGGCCAAGGUCUGCUAUGUAGAGUGUGUUCUGAUUCAAGCAGUGGUAAACACUAUGGCAUCUACGCCUGCAACGGCUGCAGUGGCUUCUUCAAGCGCAGUGUGAGACGAAGACUCAUCUACAGGUGUCAGGCUGGAAAUGGCAGGUGCCCUGUUGACAAGGCUCAUCGUAACCAAUGUCAAGCUUGUCGAUUAAAGAAGUGUCUCCAAGCUGGCAUGAACAAAGAUGCUGUGCAGAAUGAGCGACAGCCUCGAAGCACAGCACACGUCAGUCUAGACUCCAUAAAUGUGGACACUAAAAAGGAGCACCUGGCCACCACGCGGGAGCUCACUUCCUCUGCCCCCUACUCGUCAGUCAUCUGCAGACCUCUGGUCACUUCCUCCGUCACCACCUCUGCCGCCGUACAGCCUUGCAUCAACCCCAAUAACUACCACCGCUUUAUGGUCAGCCUGCUGACUGCAGAGACUUGUGCAAAACUGGAGCCAGAGGAUGUGGAGGAGAAUAUUGAUGUGACAACCAAUGAUUCAGAGAGAGAUCGGAGUCCCUCUGACUGUCGUACGUCCCCAUACACCUCCAGCUGUUCAGAGAGUAUAUACGAGACAUCGGCAAGACUCCUCUUCAUGUCUGUCAAGUGGGCAAAAAAUUUGCCUGUUUUUGCUCACUUGCCAUUUCGAGACCAGGUGAUUCUCCUCGAGGAAGCUUGGAGUGAGAUGUUCCUCUUGUGUGCCAUCCAGUGGUCCCUGCCCAUGGACAGCUGUCCUCUUCUGUCUCUGCCAGAUCUGUCUCCCACACAGCAGGCAAAGAUCAGUCUCCCCACAGCUGACCUGCGCAUCCUAGAAGAGGUCUUUAAUCGCUUUAAGGCCCUGGCCGUUGACCCUACUGAGUUUGCCUGCCUGAAAGCCAUUGUACUUUUCAAGCCAGAGACACGCAGCCUCAAAGACCCGGAGCAGGUGGAGAAUCUGCAGGACCAGUCACAGGUGUUGCUAGGUCAGCACAUCCAUUCACUAUACCCCGGCCAAAGUGCCAGGUUUGGGAGACUGUUACUUCUGCUUCCAUCCCUCCACUUUGUGAGCUCUGAGAAACUGGAGCAGCUGUUCUUUCACAGGACCAUUGGCAGCACACCCAUGGAGAAGCUGCUGUGUGACAUGUUCAAAAACUAAGACACUAACUAAAACAAGCACACAGGAAUGAUACCUGCUAGGAAAACACCAUAAAACAACCCUCAAGCAACAUGUUUUCUGCUUGUUUGUUUCACAUAUUCUGGUUAUGACUUUGUUCAAAUUCAACAUAAUAGCAUAGACAUUUUGGAAUCGCACAGAUAGAAAUAUUUUCCCACUAAAACUCUGUUGAAAAAAGACUCAUUAAAGUUCAUGGCAUACUAAUUAAAUAAGCAUACAGGUUUAGUUCAGUGAUUAUUACAUUAUUUUCUUUGUAAAUAUUACAAUUUUGUCAUAAAGAACCAAAGACAUAUUAAAUUAUUUUGUGUAGAUAGGCUACUGAGUUGGAAGGAAAAGCAUUUUUAUUAUAGUAUAAGAAAAUGAAGAAGUAUUUGUCCUGAAUAAAUAUGGAAAUUUUGUAUUUGA